AUGUUAGACAAAAAGGAGUGUUUAAUCUCCUUACAUCUCAUUGCAGUGGCUCUCGGGAUCCUUUGCUUACUGUUGAUGAUGGCAAUCUCAGUGUGGCUGAUAUACAUUUUUCAGUAUAGUCAAGAAAAACAUAAACUGCAGAAAACUCUUAACAAUCUCCAGGAGUCCCUCAGCAUCAUGAAAAAUGAAUGCAACUUAAAAGAACAAAUUUUCAAUAAUAAGUCUACUGAGUGUGAUGCCCUCAAAGAUCAUCUGAACUCUGUCAACAGUGAAUGGAAGAGAUGCUAUGGGGAAACUAAGAUUGUUUUAGAUUGCAUACAGCACACAGGUAAACGUGUUGAAGGACACUGGUUCUGCUGUGGCAUAAAAUGUUAUUAUUUCAUCAUGGACAAUAAAAGCUGGAAUAGAUGCAAACAGACCUGUGAGGACUGCAGCUUAUCCCUUCUGAAGACAGAUGAUGAUGAUGAACUG